CAACUCGGAGCUGAACUGUGACCAAAAAGCUCAGCUAUCACCGUUAACUGCGUCCUAGCUGAGCUUUGUUGACCUGACGUUAUUUCAACUGCGUAGACACAAGAAACGCCGAGAAAUGAGACCACGCUCGACGAUGUUUUUGAGCAAACAGUGAAGCUUGUCCUGAAAAUAACACACAAAAAUGCACUUGUCGUUAGCUUCCCUCGCCAAGCCUAUACUUUAUGGAUACUUCAGAAGCUCCUGCUCCUGGAGGGUUCGCAUUGCUUUCGCUCUUAAAGGAAUCGAAUAUGACCAGGUUCCAGUCAAUCUGAUCCAAGAUGGAGGCCAGCAGCACACAAAGCAGUUUGAAUCAGUAAACCCCAUGAAGCAAGUACCUGCAGUGAAAAUUGAUGGCAUCACCCUCUGUCAGUCGCUGGCAGUGAUUCAGUACAUUGAUGAGACCAGACCAGGACCUCGUCUUCUCCCAGCAGACCCAAAGACACGAGCCCAGGUUCGGAUGAUCAGCGACCUCAUCGCCUCGGGGAUACAGCCUGUGCAGAAUUUGUCAGUGCUCCAGAAGAAAGGAAGCGAGAAGGAGCAGUGGGCUCAGCACUUCAUUAAUCAAGGCUUUCAAGCUCUUGAGCCAAUUCUAAAGCAAACAGCUGGGAAAUACUGUGUAGGUGACGAGAUUUCCAUGGCAGACACCUGUUUGGUCCCACAAGUCUACAACGCAGAGAGGUUCAAAGUGGACCUGGAGCAGUUUCCAACGAUCAAAAGGUUAAAUCAAACCUUACUUGAGAUGGAAGCGUUCAAAGUGAGCCACCCAUCUCGCCAACCGGAUACACCUCCUGAGCUACUUGCAUAAAGAUAAGAGCUCAACAGCUUUAUGCAGUUUGUUAAAUAAAAUGCUUUGAAAGUGA